AUGAAGAUAUCAUCAAUUGUGAAGUGAUUAUAACAAUGGAAGGCCCAAAGACAUUUCCCCCUGGGAACCGUCCCCAGAACCAUAAUCAUCUCCCACCCCCCACCAAUUGGUACGACACUCUAGACAGGAAUGCUAACAUCUCCCUCAGCUCCAAAGGUCUGCGCAACGCCCCUGGUGAAAACAAUUGCUUCCUCAACAGUGCUGUUCAGGUUUUCUGGCAUUUAGAUGUAUUCCGUCGAAGUUAUAGAAGACUUUCAGGUCAUUUAUGCAUGGGAAAUUCAUGCAUCUUCUGUGCUCUAAAGGUGAUUUUUACCCAGUUUCAGUAUAGUGACCAGGCUUCCUUGCCUCCCGAUGCCCUCCGCAGGGCUUUGGCCGACUCCUUUAUGAACCAGCAGCGCUUCCAGCUAGGGCACAUGGAUGAUGCUGCUGAAUGUUUUGAAAAUAUUUUGAGGAGGAUCCAUUUUCAUGUGGCCAAUGCGUAUCAUGAGGACUCAUGUUCAGCUCCUCAUUGUUUGAGCCAUCAGAAGUUCACCAUGACUAUUUUUGAUCAGUUGGUUUGUGUCUGCGGUGCAAGUUCAGAGCCCCUGAGAUUUCACGAGACGGUUCAUUACAUUACGACAAAUGCACUAGUGUCGCAGUAUCGAUCCAUGCAAGAGACUGGGGACUUGAUACAUAACGACCGAUUCGGACUAUUGCUAAGGAACGGAUGUGCACAGGGCGAUAUCAGAGACUGCCCGGACAACUGUGGAAAGCGUGUCCAGAUAAGGAAGACUCUGCUUAAUUCCCCUGAUGUCGUGAGUAUUGGACUUGUAUGGGAUUCAGAGAGGCCAGAAACUUCAACCAUCACAGAUGUCUGCCGCUGUAUUGGAACAACCAUUUUACUGCAAGAUCUCUUUCACUCUGUGAUGUGUAAGGAUGUCACAAAGUUGCCACGGUUACAGUUGUCUGCAGUUGUCUGUUACUAUGGAAAGCAUUAUUCCACUUUUGUUUACGACACAAAGUCAAGUAUUUGGAAAUACUUUGAUGAUGCCACAGUAACGGAAAUUGGACCAAAGUGGGAACACGUCGUUGAUAAAUGUUCACGAGGGCGCUAUCAACCGCUAUUGUUACUCUACACUAACCCCAACGCUAGUCCAAUCUCCACCGAUACCGCUCCCAAGAAAAGAGUUAUGGCCCCUGGUUUUGGGACGCCCACCAAAGGUGUGACUGAGAAGGAGAGUCGACCAGACGGAGGCAAACAGUCACGGUCCAAGUCUUCGUCCAUUGUGUCUCAGACCAGUGACCAAAUCAAUCCAAACAACCCCAGGGUCCACAAUCCUGACCAGUAUUCACCUGACGCGGAUGGACCCAAACAACCUAGCUCUGAGCACAGAAGGCAACCUAGUUUUCUAAUCGCAAUAACAGGGAAGAAUGGAAAAAAGGUUAAUUCAGAGUAUGCUGUGCCAGUAACUAAUGCACCAAUUAAGCAACCUCUUCCGGGAGGUCAAGUGAAGUCAGAUCAGGCUUAUCACCUUGACAACAGGUCAGUGUCACAGAGAGGCUUUGUCCAGCGUGAGGUCAUAGAGGAGGAUCAAGUGGAUGGAUAUACUCUGUCCAAUAGUGACCAGUAUAGGCGUCCAUCACUUAAUGCUCCAGAGGGAAAUUCCAAGUAUACAGCAUUGAACUUUAAUAGGGUCAGUGAAGUCCAAAGGAAAGAGAGCUUGAAGAAAGGGAAGGGUAAAGUAGGAGUGGAUGUGAUUCGAUAUCAGGUGGAUCCCCAGAGGUCCUCUUCUGAUUCAGACUCUCAAGGAUACAGUGAUACUGGUGCAUCUACUCCACCCUCCCUCCCACCCAAAAGACUGACCCAUUCACAGAGUUAUGAGGAGUCACCAGCUAAUCUCUCAGCAGACCACAUUGAUGUUAGGCAGCAUGUAGUGAUGAAACCCAAGCCCAAUGCAGCUCAGGCCCACAAUUAUGAAAAUAUUGACAAUUUAAUUCAUACACCUGUGCAGUCUGGAUUGGCUACAUUACCAAGAAAUAAAAAAGGCACUAGAUCAAAUUCGGGUAAUCACUCCAGACAGGGUUCUAUGACUGGAGACAAUUCAAGACAAUUUUCCACUUCUCACAGUCGUCAAAGUUCUACAAACACCCUUACAGAAUCCUGCCACAGCAGGCAAAGUUCAUCCAACACUCUGACAGAACAUUCCCGCCAAAAUUCCAUGGUCAGUGAACAUUCCGACAUGCAUUCCAUGACCUCAAAUGGUCAGACCUCGGAGACCAGUUCACGUCAGAAUUCCACUGUCAGUCAGCAUUCCGACAUUAUAAGCCAAGUCAACAGCAACCACAUUUAUCAGAUGUCAUCUGCACAAUAUCAAAGACAGAAGUCUGCACCAGUUAUCAUGAGUAACACUCAGAAACCAGGAGAGCCACAGAAGAAAGAGAAACCACCAAAACCAGCAAAACCAGAAAAGAAACUGGGAGUUUUAAAGAAGAAAAAUAAUGUUCCACAACAGGAGCAGCAUGGUCCACCUCUGCCUGACAAGAAGAAAUCCCUUUCACCUGACUCAAGUGAAUAUAUUGAUAGGAAAAUGGUGGAAAAUGUACUGAAGUACCAGACGAAGUUGUCUCGCCAAGGCUCAACCAACAGUAACAUGAGCCAAACAAGUCAGAGCAGCAAUACAAGUUUCGAGUCUGACAACUCGAGCAUCAAAAACUCGUCAGAAACUCAGUUUGACAAUUUGUCUCUGGAAUCGCACAGGGACUCUGGUUAUGGAAGCAGUGACAGGAAUAGUUCAAGUUCCACAGGAAGUUCAACACUGGAUCCAUAUACCCAGUAUUUCCUCAACAAGAGCAUGAUUCCUCCAAAGACUUUCAACCCACAGGCUGUGGCUGAAAACAUGAGGAAAUUUAUUGACCCAAACUACCAAGAACCUAAAACAGUGAUGUCUCAAUACGAACAUCAUAAUAAUUAUAGUGCUAAUAAUAAUGGACCUUCAAAUGGACCAAAAGGAGGAGGGUAUAUGAACCACCCAGUAGCAUCAGAGAAGGGGAAACCAUUUCAUCCAGUUGUGGAUGGUUUUGGAAAUCCUAUUGAACAGUCCAGGCAGCUUUAUGACCCGGCCAUCGUUCGUUCACACCAGGGCAAAGAUAUGAAUACACACCCCAAUUAUAAUUACGAUGGUCACUACAGUCAUUCCAAUAAUCACCCUGCGUCAGGAAGUUCUAGUUACCACCCUCCAGAAAAUGGACAAGCAAAAGCCCUUGAAGGAGACCAAGCUUCUUUGAGUGAGUUCACUAGUAUUUACCAGGCCUCGGAAGAUCUCAUGGACCAUUGUGUACUGGCUGAGACCAAUGGAAAUUUCCAAGAGGCCAUAAGGCACUGCUCUCAAGCCAUAGAGUGCCUAAAAAAGGCAAUAAAGAUUCCUAAUUUGCCUCACCAGUCGUAUACUUAUGGUCAGAAAAAACACAACUCAUGUCUUCUGAAGGUUCGAAGUCUGCAAAAGAAGGCGGCCAUGAUGAGGCAGGAAUCCAACUCAUCCAGCACAAGUUCAGAUAGUGCUCGUUCAUCACCUCUUAUUGUCAAUAGUAAUAACUAUUGUGAAGAUGGCUCCAGUCGUAAGCCAGCUGGCAAACCUUCUGAUCUCUGCAUCAACCAGAAUGUUGCAAUGUUGCAGCAGACGGCUAUCCACUCACGCUCAAGUUCAAGAGAUUCAGUGGAUAGUGUGAUCGAAAACAAAAACUAUCGUGGAGAAAGACCCAGCAGUGGAAGCUCCACAAACUCACAAAAACAUGUGACCUGUAAUUCUAGUCAAAAUAGCAGAUCAUCAAGUAGUGAUAGGACACUUAAGAGUAAUUCAAACAGUUUAGAUGUGUAUGGGACACUUCCAAGAAAAGGGAAAGCAAAUAAUAAGACACAAAGUGGUACCAGCAAUCAGCCAAAAGGUGUCGGUGAAAAUCGAAAUACAAGAUCAAUGACUCCAACCCCUUUAGAUAGUAGUUCCACAGACUCUGAAUCUCAAUACCAGAUGCAGAUGCCUGCUAAAGCACAAAUUGUCACAAAUGUUGCAGAAAUCAGGCCACUUCACAACAACUCUGGACCAAUGAGAGCAGUCCACUCACAACCCAACAUGUACCUCCAUUACAGCACUACAACAUCAAGGACCCCUGGGACAGUCCCCGAGGUUUGUAGUUCCCCUGCUGCUCAGCAGAUGACAGCUAAGACUCAACCAGUGCUGCCACCCAAACCCAACCAGGCAACAGAAAAAACCACCUCUACAUUUCCUCCCCCUAAAAAGGAAGGGAGUGUUGGGCCGUACCAGAAAACCAUGACCUACAAGGCUGGUAAACCAGCCAUUGCUUCUUCAUUGCCAUCCUCUGUUCAGUUCCAUUCUGCUACUACUAUCAGUAGUUCUAGGCGCCCCCUUAGUCGACACGCCAGCUUCAAUCAGCAGCGCCCUACUUCUGAGGGCCGCACUUCUGUGUUCGGUACUCGGACACUGGAGAGAUAUGCUUCACAACCUGACUGUCAGAAUCUUGCUUCUCUGCAACCUGACACAACAGACUGUGCUAAUGUGGCUUGGAAAGAUGUGACAUCAUCAGAACAGCAAUCCUUGCAGGGACACUAUUCUAAAGAGGCAGUUGCAAUUUGUUCCACUGGCAGUCCAACCACUCCCCAAGGAUCCGCCACAGAGGAAUCUUCAGAGGGAAAUGAGGCCAGACCAAGUGUGCGAGAUUUGGCAUCUAGAUUCGACGGUGUGACAGCCAACUGCAAUCACACCAUGAACUCUCACCCCAUCAGCAAUCCCCCAAACCCCCCUCCUCAACAAGGUCUUGCCAUAAGACAUAGAAGCAAGUCUGAGUCUGACUUUCGAAACAUGCAGGAGGAACACCCAAAGUCUGUGCUCUCUAAGAAAAAGAAAAACAGGGGGAGCAAGCCAAGAAAGUCAGUAACUUUCUGUGACAAUAUAGCCCUCAUCUCAGCUGCAGAUUUGGACGAGUUUGGCUUUGUUCGGAAUCCUGAAGAGUUCCAUGCUGGAUAUGUGAGUGAUGAGGAAGAUCGACUUGGGGGACUCUCUAGAAGUGCAUUUUCAGACAAUGACCUUGAGGAGGGGGAUAGUUCUGAUUCUCCUGUAGAGAUUUACUUGGGGGAGGACCCUUGUAACCUGUGCAGUAAAAGGGGGGUUGUUCCUGGACACACUUUGUGUGCCAAGUGUCAGCUCUACAUGAGGCAAUUUCAGACACAAACAUAGCAAUGAAUUGCCAUAGCUUCAAAUGGUUAUCCUGCAAAAUAUUGAUAUUGUGCUAUUUUUUGUCUUUUUUGGGCAAAAAAGUUCAUAAAUUAUUGUCAGCAUUUUGUAAAUUGGUAUUUAUAUUCACUGAUGGGGUGAAUUUUUUUUUGUUUAAUUGCAUUAGCUAGUAUACUGCCAAACUUGAAUACUUGCAGCAAUGCUAUCUGUCUCGUACUUUUUUAUUAUUUGUUUUUUGAGAUUUUUAGAAAAAUAUAAACUUGUCAAAAAACAGCAAAUUGCCCUGAAACUUACUUGAAGACUCGUGAAGAGUAAACUAGUCAGUGUCUGUAAAUGUAUGAAUAUGCAACUGAAACAUUCCAUUGAAUUUUCUGCUUUAUUCUAGUAUAACACAGUAUGGACAAUAAAGAUUUUUUAUGCACUAAAAAUCUAAUUGUAGUCCGUCCAUCUGAAUGUUAUGUUUCUUAAGAAUAUCUUUUGGUAUAAAAAGAAAAAUAUUUUUUAGUUCAAAACCUUGUUUUUUAUGAAGAAAAAUAAUCAAAAUUAUAAAAAGAAAAGUGCAUUUAAUUUUUAUCAGUGUUAUAUUCUACAAACUUUUAUGUUUUGUGAGAGUAUAUUUUAGAAAAAAAAUCAUUUUAUGGCAUUUUUGUUUUUGAUGUUAUCCAGUUUUAAACUGCCAUAUCUUGUUUAUAGAUUUGAUCUCAUUGCCCUGGAUCUGUGUUAAGUUCUCAGAACUGACCAAUAAAAAUGAAGAUGCUUUUAUAAAUAGCAAUAUUUCAAAUAUUUCCCACUGUUUUGAGAAAUUUUCAACAGACCAGGGGCUAUACUUGUUAAGUUGUAUAUGUAUAGUUUGUACAUAUCAAAUUUGUUGUAUAUUAUUCUGUGAAAAUGCUGUCAUAUUCUAAACAUAGAUCAUGCUUCAUAAAGUAUAUACUGCUUAUCAUAUGAAACAGAACAUAUCAAAAUUUUCAAUAAA